ACUAUUCAUUAGGUGCAAAGCUUUAUUCCCUUGUUUACUUUACUCGUCUUUUAAUUCAACUUUACUUUAUAUUACAUCUAAAUGUGGGUCUAUUAUCCUUUUCUGCAAGACUGCAACAAGCGAACCAAUACCCGAUUUGGUUUGUGUUGCCUGAAGUCCCGGGUCUUCGUGACCGCCACCAUUCAUCAGCUGGUUUAAAAUCCCGAUCCAUUUAAAUCCAGCGAAGGAGGAGACGCCGCUGCUGUCAGACUGUCUGUCCUCUUCCGUUGGCCCACCUACACCAUUUCGGUUUUUGCGAUAUGAAUACACCAGAAAAUAAAGCAGUCCUACAGGCACCUGUUCUGGGGUGCACUCUUGUAGUGGAGCAUCUUGCACCAGGAGGGACUGUUAGGAAAUCUGUUUCUCAUCAGCAAGUGAAGCUUAUCUUGGGACGUAAUGAGUUUCGGGACAUUAUUCUACGUGUGGACAGCCCUAAACAGUCUCACAAGUUCCCCAUAAGAGACAUUCAGCUACAUAAGCGAUUCAUCAAGGAAGGCAAAGCAACGAUAUUUCUGAAAGACCUGAAGAUCAAUCUGAUGAUAUCCAAUGCACCACCGAAUCAGUUAUUGAUAUUUAUGAAAACAUUAGCCAGUAAACAAGCAAUACCAGAUGGCAAAGUCAUCAGUGCAAGGCAGCGAUUACUCUCCUGUGCUCCAAGUUCAUUUGAUGAAAUCAGUCCUUUGACCAUAAAGGAGUAUGAAAGCGUGCGACAGUCUGGGAGGAUGCCCCUGAAAGAAAAAAACCAAAAUAUUCCGAGUGCAUCUCCUGUAUCAAGUAAACGUCCUCGAGAUGUUCAGGAUGGUUCACCUGUAACAUCUAAAGUACCUCGACUUUUAAACCACAAAGUCCUGACUGCAGAGCAGAAGCAAGUCCUCCAGGCAGUACAAGCAGGACAUAAUGUAUUUUUCACAGGAAGUGCUGGAACUGGUAAAAGCUUCUUGUUGCGGAGAAUAGUCGGGGCUCUUGCUCCUGACGUGACUUUCAUUACUGCCAGCACGGGAGUUGCUGCCUGUCAGAUAGGUGGGACAACACUUCAUGCAUUUGCUGGUAUUGGCAGAGGUGGGACUAGUAUUGAAAAUUGUAUAAAUCUUGCCUCUAGAAAAGUUGUUGCACAGCAGUGGAGAAAAUGCAAGCAUUUAAUAGUUGAUGAAAUCUCAAUGGUGGAUGGUGAUUUCUUUCAGAAACUGGAAGCUGUUGCUCGUGCAAUCAGAGGAAACGAUAAGCCAUUUGGUGGAAUACAACUUAUACUGUGUGGUGAUUUCUUGCAACUUCCACCGGUUACAAAACCUGGAGAGAAAAGAGUGUUUUGUUUCCAGACAUCUGCCUGGGAAAGAUGUAUAGACCUCAAUAUGGAGCUUACUGAUGUGCGAAGACAAAAUGACCAGGAGUUCAUUAACAUAUUGCAGUCUAUUAGAAUUGGAAGGUGUACAGAGGAUAUGACAGAUCAACUACGGUUAACGGAGCAAAAUAUUGUAGAAAAGGAUGGUAUCAAAGCAACGAGGCUGUGCACGCACUGUGAAGAUGUUGAUAACAUUAAUAGUGGGCACUUGAAUAAGCUAUCAGGCACGGCAGAGGUCUUUCAAUCGGUCGACAGUGAUCCAGGCUUGUCCAAGAUAUUAGACUCUCAAACCCCAGUAGUUUCCAAGCUCAUUUUGAAAGUUGGUGCUCAAGUCAUGCUUAUGAAGAACUUGGAUGUGAAUAAGGGCUUAGUUAAUGGUGCCCGAGGAGUUGUAACAGGAUUCAAAUCUGUAGGGGGAGGUGAGAUAUUUCCAUCUAAUAUAUGUAGUACUGUACCCAAUAGCUAAUCGUCAGAUUCUUUC